GCGAGAAACUCGGAUUUAUAAAACCGGUUGCACGUUCAAUAGCCCUGUCGUUCGUCCUCAGUGUAGGAUAACGAAGUUAUCUUUCUCCUCGGAUUUAGUGUUUUCAAGAUACUCUUAUCAACUUGAAUUUAUAACUGUAACGAUAUACAUUUGUUACUUCAAGAAAUUCCCAAACCAUUAUUCCUGUUUUAGCGAAGGUCAUCCGAGGGUCGUGGACAAUCAACGUCAAGUUUGUAACUGAAUAUGGAUGUGGUAGUGCGCCGUUGUCCGUUCCUCUCCCGCGUUCCCCAGGCCUUCUUCCAGCAGGCCAGGAAAUCUCUGGUUGUGUAUGCCCAGAAAUGCCCAGUCAUGAUGGAUAUGGCCUCCAAGCCACUAGCCCCAUCGGUGGUCCGAUCCAUGUGUUCAUCCACUUCACACCUUACCACCGAGUCCGUCGUGGCUGCAAGUGAAGGCUCCAAACCGGACAAGAGUUCCUUUCCUGCCGGCCACCCCAUGCCACCCCCUGGCCAGGCAGUAGGCACCAAAUGCCCCUUCCUCGCUGCUGAGAUGGGACAAAAGAACAGCAGUGUGGUCCGUGAAGUCAGCAUGGAGCUUCAGGAAGAUGUGGAGGAAGUCCGCACUUUGCAAAAGGAUGUUUCCCGCGGCCAAUUGCAGCAGCAGUCUCUGACCGGCCCUUCCAAGUCGGACAGUGGCAGCUAUGGCUCUCUGAUGGCCACACUCAUGAAACAACGGCCCAAAGGGGUCUCACAUCUGCUGCAGGAUAACCUCCCAAGCUUCUCCAGCUUCAAGUACGAUGAGUUCUUUGAGAAGAAGAUUGAGGAGAAGAAGAAUGACCACACCUACCGCGUGUUCAAGACGGUCAACCGGCUGGCCCAGUCGUUCCCCAUGGCCAACGACUACACCGCUUCCCUGGAGGACAAGCGGGACGUGUCCGUGUGGUGCAGCAACGACUACCUGGGCAUGAGUCGACACCCACACGUGACCAAGUCCAUAUUGGAGACGCUGCACAAGCACGGCUCAGGGGCCGGGGGCACUCGGAACAUCUCUGGGACCAGCAAGUUCCAUGUGGAGCUGGAACAGGAGCUGGCCGACCUCCACCAGAAAGACGCCGCGCUGCUCUUCACCUCCUGCUUCGUGGCCAAUGAUUCAACGCUCUUCACCCUGGCCAAGAUGCUACCUGGUUGUGAGAUCUACUCGGACGCAGGGAACCACGCCUCGAUGAUCAUGGGCAUCCGGAACAGCGGGGCGAAGAAGUUCAUCUUCCGCCACAAUGAUGUGGAGCACCUGAGGGAGCUGCUGCGGAAGGGAGACCCCAACAAGCCCAAGAUCGUGGCCUUUGAGACCGUGCACUCCAUGGACGGUGCCGUGUGUCCGCUGGAGGAGAUGUGCGACGUUGCGCACGAGUUCGGCGCCCUGAACUUUGUGGACGAGGUCCACGCCGUGGGGCUCUACGGCGCGCGUGGAGGCGGCAUUGGCGACCGCGACGGUGUCAUGCACAAGAUGGACAUCAUCUCCGGCACUCUGGGCAAAGCGUUCGGCUGUGUCGGCGGCUACAUCGCCAGCACCGAGGCCCUGGUGGACGCCGUGCGCUCCUUCGCCGCCGGCUUCAUCUUCACCACCUCCCUGCCCCCCAUGCUGCUGGCCGGUGCCCGCCAGUCCAUCCAGACGCUGAAGGGAGCGGAGGGCGUGGUGCUGCGGCGCAAGCACCAGCGCAACGUCAAGCUGCUGAGGCAGAUGUUGAUGGACUCGGGUCUGCCCGUGGUGCACUGCCCCAGCCACAUCAUCCCCGUGCGGGUGGCUGACGCGGAGAAGAACACGGCGAUGUGUGACAUCAUGAUGAGUCGCUACAACAUCUACGUGCAGGCCAUCAACUACCCCACGGUUGCCCGCGGCGAAGAGCUCCUGCGCAUCGCCCCCACCCCACACCACACCCCCCAGAUGAUGAACUACUUUGUCGAGAAGCUGGUGCAGACCUGGAAGGAGGCGGGCCUCGAGCUGAAGCCCCACUCCACAGCGGAGUGCAACUUCUGCCAGCAGCCCCUGCACUUUGAGGUGAUGAGUGAGAGGGAGAAGUCGUACUUCAGCGGGCUCAGCCACCCCAUCUCCGCCUGCGCCUGACCGGGCGCUGCCCGAUGACGGCUCCACUCAUUCCUUGUCAGUCAUCUAAAUAUAUAAUCGUCUCCCUGAGUUGUAUUUCAGAUGAAGAAUUUAAAGAUGUUCUAUGGUAUAUUAUCUAUAUGCUCUAUAUUAUAAAAUAAAGAUUACAUGAUCUGCUUUCUUGGUGUCUGGGUAUUUUCUAUUUUGAUAAAUAUUUGGUUUGAUAAUAAGUCAAGGUAUGUUUGGGGUUUAGAAAGGGUUGGAUGUUCUUUUGAAUAAUGAUAAUAAUUUAUAUCUGGCUGUGAUGGAGAGAUGCACAUGUUUUCUUCACCAACAGUUUUUUGCUUGUCGAAGUACGUUUUUGACAUGUCCAAACAUUUAUCCAUGCGUAAAAAAAGCCCCACAUGUAUGAAAAAAUGUUCAUACAUGUGGCGGUUUCGACCAAGGUAUUAAACCAUGGUAAUAAUUUGGCUAAAGAUGAGCCUGAAUUGUUCAAAUAGGCAGUUUCACAGACUUAUGUCAUAGAUGCUUCAUUUCUUUGACCUCAAUGGUGGAACGAGAUGCCAAGCAGCAUUCGCUCAGCCACUAGCUUGGUUUCUUUAAAAAAACAUUUGAAGACAUAUCUUCUCCCAGUACCCUGUUUUAGAGACUUAACUGAUCCAGCUAGAUCUAAUGUCCUUAGAUCUAGCUGGAUUAAAUAUGCCCUUAUAUUUAAUAUUUUUAUUUACUCAUCCACUUUUAUGUAUUUUUUUACUGUAUUCUGUACUUGCUUGCAAGUUUUCAGUAAGACCACAUAGAAUGUCAGCUUUGGACUAUCUUAUGUUUAGUAAACGUUUAAUUUGAUUAUCAUGUUGGGUUGAUAUGUCUUCAUCAAUGUAAUUUCUACUGCUUGUCAAAUAUGUUGUGUGUCGCCUAGGAGAAAGGCAUUUGCCAAAUUAAGGUAAAAUAAAAGUAAAGUAAAGAUGCAUUGUUAUCAUUUUCAUUGACAAGGGACAUCCUGAAUUAAAGGUAGAGGCUUCAUUUUACUUUACUUUAUUUUUCCUCGACUACAGUUCAACAUGUGUAAAGAUUGGCUCAUCUUUCCCCACUCUCUCCUACAGGACACUCGAUGACGGCCAAUUUUAUGUAACAUGCUGAUUGUUUACGAUUGACCUUGAGUCUAAUAUCCAUGUAUCGUAGUGUGUGACCUAGACCACAGAAGCCAUUAAACCCUACUUGGAUCACAAGCAGUUAAGACUGGAGCGUUAGAAAAAAGGUCCAUCAUUCAAAUCAGAGUCUUGGUAAGCUGGUUGUUUAUACCAUUGACCCGUAAGGAGAAAUAUAUGUUUUUUCUCUGCUGUUUAUCCAUUGGGGAAAAUGUAUUGUUCUACCUUGGAGCUAUUUUCUUUCUUUUUUGUAAACAAAUGUCUGUGUAAACCUCUGUACUAUAAUCACUUUUAUUAGGUCUGAUAUAAUGUCGAACAUAACCAGCAAACCAGCUCAAGAGAAACCGGGGUUCAUCUCAGGG